GCUCGCCCGAUCUUUCGCCAAGGGUUGUUGGGACUUGGACUCUCCGGUAACCACGUCUGGCUGGACGAUUAGGUUCGGUCGGGGUGCCUUGCCCGCGUGAGCCCGGUAGAUCCUCCGCAAUUCGCGGGUUCAGUCGAGUGACGGGCUACAUAUGCGGGAUUGGUUGGCUGCACGGCACCCCCCCCACCACUACCACUACCACCACCACCACCAGUUGCACGUGCGCCAUGCUAAUGAGCUUUUCAAUUCGUUCUAGAAGAGUUUGUGCGUGGAAAGGGAACGAAGGAUCCGGUGCUGCGCUGCGCUGUGGUGUGCUAUUCGCGAAGAUCUCCAGGCCCCAAGCCAGUAAGCAGCUGGCUGGUUAGUCGGUCGGUCACUGGUGGUGGCGGGAUGUACAUACAUACUCAUAUGUAUGUUUUUUUUCCGCGCACUUCGUGGCGGAGGCGGGCUUGCUGGGUAAGUAGGUACCUAUGAGGGAAAAACAUGGAAGCCCGCUCCAAUCACGGCGGCAGCGGUCAGAUGAGGGAGGGCAAAUAUGUACGAAAACAACUCUCUCUCUGGGCCGCCACCGCCAUCACACAAAUGGCGCUCCGUUGCGCUCGCUCGCUGAGACUGAGAGAGAGAGAGAGAGAGAGAGAGAGAGAGAGCGCGAUUUCGUUUCGCUCGAAUAUUGCGCAUCGGACGAGUGUCCGGAUCUACCUCGAAGAAAGCAUCGCCGCUCGGUCAUUGGAGCUGUGGAAUUCCGCACGAAUCCGAAUUAUCGUUGGCCCCUCCUCGCCGCCCCAUAUUGGGAGCGAUGGGGAUCACGCAGACGCGCGCGCGCGGAUUUCCACGAGUGGUGACGUUUUCGCCGAUGGCGUCGUCGUCGUUGAUGUUUUUUCUUUCUGCCAACACAGCGGGGGUGGCGGGGCGGAGACCUUGAGACUUGAGUUUCGACGAUUCUGCAUCGAGCGAUGGUGGCCGUCUAUAGUAGGAACUCCCCUUAGUUAUCCGCGCCGAUUGAUUCCCAGGACUGACGACACUUCUUGCGAGAAGGAGCGAGCGACGAUGACCUUCCCCUUCCCCUCCGUCCGUUGUGGCAAGCGAGAAGUUUGGUUGCACUGGGACGAUAGAUAGAUAGAUCAUACAUAUCUGCACAAGCUCGACUGAAACAAUCGCAGAUGUGGACACGGUGAAAGCGAAUCGUUCCGUUCGAAUCUUGCAUUGCAGCAGG